AUGAUCUCAACCCAAAGCCAACACGUCUUCUCCCACCAGCAUCAAUACCCCCAAGCCGAUCCCUCCUGGCUGCAGCAUCAGCAACAGCACCACCAGGCCCAGCAACACCCACACCAGUCGCAGCAGCAGCACGCUUCCCUGGUCGCUCAACAGCACGCCCAGGUGCAAGCCGCGGCUGCCGCGGCUCAACAGCAACACUAUGGCCGCAUUGCCAUGAAUGGUAAUGGUGCUGGAAAUCCUGCGCAGGGAGCUGGUGGCGCCGCUGGCAUGGGAGGAGACGGUAUGGCGAGCGGGGUGAACGUCAUGGACGGUGGCAUCAGCGAAGAGAAUCGCAAGGUCUUCAUCUGGGUCGCAGAACUUUUGGAUCCCGCUCGCAGGGAAGCCGCCCUGAUGGAACUGAGCAAGAAGCGAGAACAAGUUCCUGAACUGGCUCUAGUGAUUUGGCACUCUUUUGGUACAGACCCCAGCCCUCCCCCCAACGUGCGCCCAGCCUUGGAAUCGAAGCUAACCCGGCAACUUGCAGGUGUCAUGACUGCGCUCCUUCAGGAAAUCAUCUCAGUCUAUCCGCUCUUGAACCCUUCCCAGCUGACCGCCGCCGCCUCAAAUCGAGUCUGCAAUGCGCUGGCGCUUUUGCAAUGCGUCGCAUCCCACAAUGAGACCCGCACCCUGUUCUUGAACGCUCACAUCCCCCUCUUCCUCUACCCCUUCCUCAAUACCACCUCUAAGUCUCGUCCAUUUGAAUAUCUUCGUCUCACGUCGCUGGGCGUCAUUGGUGCCCUGGUGAAGAAUGAUUCAUCCGACGUGAUCAACUUCCUUCUUACAACAGAGAUCAUCCCUCUGUGUCUUCGCAUCAUGGAGACCGGAUCGGAGCUCAGCAAGACCGUGGCCAUCUUCAUUGUGCAGAAGAUCCUCCUCGAUGACAUCGGCUUGGGCUACAUCUGUGCGACCUACGAAAGGUUCUACGCAGUGGGCACUGUUCUCAGCAACAUGGUCACUCAACUAGUGGAGCAACAGACUGUCCGCCUACUCAAGCAUGUUGUGCGCUGCUUCCUCCGUCUGAGUGACAACAGUCGGGCCCGCGAGGCCCUGCGACAAUGCCUCCCCGAACCCCUCCGCGAUGCCACAUUCUCCUCUGUCCUGCGCGACGACGCAGCCACCAAGCGCUGUCUGGCUCAACUCCUCAUUAACUUAUCCGACACUGUCUCGGAUGGGGGCCCGGCAGCCAUGUAA